AUGUGUUUCAAGAUGUACCUGUGUGCCCAAUGAGUUGACUUUAUGCCUUUAAUGGAAACCAAAUAUUCAACAUUUACUACUUCUUGAUGGCAUGGCAUGCAGGUACCUGUUCAAGAUAAUCUGAUCUAGAUACCCUGCUGUAGUUUCUUAAGCUUUUGAAUGAUUUAUCAAAUGAAUUUAAAGAAAUAAACCACAUUCUGAGCCCUGUGUCUUUUUAAAAUCUAGAAGAUAAUGGUUUUCAUAUAGCUGCCAGCCAUGGGUAACAUAAUGGGCAAAGCAAUGGAGGAGAACUUCAAUAAACACAAGAAGUUCAUGAUUGAGAUGCAAGGUGUUCAGCUGGAGCGGCAGAUCCACAUGCAGGAUCAGAUGCGGCGGAGGAUGCAGGCAAUGGAACUGGCCCGGGCACGAGAGAUGUUCUACUGGUGGGCGACAUUCUACGUGGUCGGCUUUGUCGGAGCUGUGGCAGCGGCCCGACGCACCAAGAACCGGACGGCGCUGUUCCCGUUCUUCCCGCUGGCGUUCAUCGUGGGGUACCAGGCCGACUUGGCGUACGGCACCAAGCUGACCCGCAUCAGAGCCGAGGCGGAGAGCAUCCUGCAGUCGGAGCCCGAGCUGGUGGAGCCGCCUUCCGGUGUGCCCACCGCCUCACUCAUCGACGCCGCCCGCCAGAAGAUCAAAGACGAGAAAAGGUACUCGCGCAAGACGCGCGACACGUACCUGUAACCCGGCGCUCGCUCCCGGCCCGUAGUCUGUGGCGUCCGCGGGGCGCGCUAGGGCGUCCUGCCGCUGCCUGGUGGCCGGCCGCCGAACCACUGCCUGCCUUGGCCGCCGCUCGGAGCGUGACCAGCCGGCCGAGGCUGGCGCGGGUGGGCGGUCCGCCGGGCCUCGUGUGUCCAGGACCGUGCCUUGUGAUGUCGCGUGUCUGCCUGCGUCCGUCUGGGUCUGUGUCUCCGUCUGCAUCUGCCGCUCCGCCCUUGUCCGUCCCCGCAAGUCCGGCCCUAGCGACGCCGGUCCCGACCCGCGCCGCCAACACCGUCGCCACCGCUCUGGCCCCCACGACGGCCGGGACGCGAGGUCGCGGCGUGCUUCGGUGGCUUCUGUUGACGGCGCAUGGAAAGGUCGGUUUGGAUAGGCGGCGGGUCUCACUGCGCCUCCACGCGUGCGUGCGUGCGUGCGAGCGAGCAUGCUUUCUUGUCGCGUGCUUUGUACGGAUGUGUUCGUCAUUCGUGGGGGCUGCGACUGUUCAGCCGUUGAGCAGGCUAAGCGGGGUCUCAAGUUGUGAGCUUAUAUCCCGUGUGAGCGUGCGUCGCCGAUGGCUGUUCGGGAGGCCUGAUCUGACUAACCCAUCCAGCUGACUGGCGCGGAGGCAUAAUAUGAGGUACAGCCCAGCCGCAUGUGUGCGGUUGGCGCGCUGUUGUGGCCUUGUAUUGGCUCGGUCUAACGACUACUUAUUUUUAAUGCUCAGAGGUCGUUUGACUGCAAAUUGUUGACGUGUACGGUCGUCACGGCCGGGUUGUUCAAGGCAGGCUGGUUGCUUCCAUCUGCAGCGGAUGUUGGUCGCUUUUUUAGAAGCCUUUUGUCGUUGGAUUCGAAUUUUUACCAAUUCAUGUUGGAGCAUUGAGGUGGGAUUGUCGAAGUAGCUGCCUUACAUCGCACGUCUGCACAUGAUGCCCUUCAGCCAUGCGGCGUGGAUUAUUCUGAAGUUUAUUUAGAACCUGUUACUCUGGUUGGAUAGCUCAAAUGCGUGUUGUUGCGGGACAAAGGUUACGAGUGGGUCCUAUAUGCGUGUGGAUAUAUUAGUAGUAUCUUACAAUAAGAGCAUACCUGGUACUGAGUUCUGGCUCUGAACGGUAGAGGUAAAGCAAUACAAACACUCACAAACUCGAUGAGACCGUGCUGCGUUGACGCGUCGUCGGGUAACGGUUGUGGUGCCGACCACGUGUAGAGGAGCGUAGCUCUGCCAGACUGAAAUAUAUCGCCAGUCGAGGAUA